AUGCGUCUCUGGUGGGCUCUACUGCCCCUUGUCCCCACCGCCUUUGCGCAGUCGGGCAACGACUCUGCGUCCUUGCUAUGGGGCGCAUACCGCUCCAACCUCUACUUCGGGCUCAGGCCCAGAAUCCCGCAGUCACUCAUGACAGGUCUCUUGUGGUAUGGCACCCAAGACUACCAGUCGCUCACCCGCGCACGACAUGGCUGUGAUCAGGGAGACGGCCUGAGCGGUUACACCUGGACGGAGUACGAUGCACGCGAAGGCGGCGUACAAGUCAUCAAGGAUGCUCCCAAUAACGUUGUCAUCACGACUGAGUUCCUGAAAGUACCAGGGGGAGAGCACGGCGGCAGCUGGGCUGCACGCAUCAAAGGAGAGCCGCUCAAUUCAGCAUUUCCUAGUCGGAUAUCUGCCGUCUUCUAUGCUGGAUUGGAAGGUCUCGGAGGACUAGAGAUGGAAAACGAGGAAAGCGAGAACGGUUUCAACGGGCCCUUCAAGAUCAUGGGCAACUCUCCGGACUUGGACGAGUUCUCCAUCCGCAUUGUGGACGGACCGAACAACCGACACGUCGAAAGUGGUCCCUUUGCACACGAUCAUGCACACCGCAUAGGCAAGACUCAUUAUGUCGGCCUCCGCGCCCAGCCUGGAACUAUAUGGCAAGCAAGAGAAUUCAUCCUGAAGAAUAUACUGGACCAUGCCCGCGACGUGCUGGGGGCGUAUCAGGAUCAAAGCAAAGGUCUUCCCGAUCCAUCGUUCACCCUGCAAUUGUCAGACGAGCUGUACUCCGCAAGCAACCUAUAUGCAGUGCAGAAGCUCUUCGACGGCCCUUUCCAGUUUGACGUUUAUUACGAGAGUGAGAGCGCGAAGCAGCCGUUGGAUGCGACCGUGCUCGACGAAGGGAUUCCAGCCCUGCUCUCGAAGUACAACAAGCGUUUCGACGCCGCUCUCCCCGUGCCUGCGGAUUAUCCUACCACCGACCCCGAGGCACUGAAAGAAUUCUCAAAAGCUGUUACGUCCAACUUGAUCGGAGGUAUUGGUUACUUCUACGGCACCUCGAUGGUGAACAAAGGCUUCCGAUACGAGUGGGACAAGGAAGAAGAUGACAGCUCUGAAAGCAGCUCGGACAUUGACGAGGGCGCUCGGUUGACUGAGCCGAAAGCGCUGUUGACAGCAACGCCAAGCAGAAGUUUCUUCCCAAGAGGGUUUUACUGGGAUGAAGGGUUCCAUCUACUACAUAUUGGCGAAUAUGAUAAUGAUCUUAGCCUCGAAAUUUUGAAGGAUUGGAUCAACCUGAUUGAUGAGGAUGGCUGGGUUGCGCGGGAACAGAUCCUUGGGGAGGAAGCCCGCAGCAGAGUCCCAGCCGAGUUCCAGACGCAAGUCCCGACCAAUGCAAACCCACCUACUCUCGCAAUGGCCGUUACUGCGUUCAUCCACCGUCUGAAAUCCUCGGGCGGCCUCUCAGACGCAGAGCUAGGGAUGGACAUGGGAAUGGGCGCCGGCGAACAAAUCCCGCUCACCGACUCACUGCCCUCCCACCCCGGCGGCAUGUAUAUCAAGGACCACGCUAUGGCCACCUCCUACCUCAAGUCGAUCUACGCCCCGCUCAAACGGCACUACGACUGGUUCCGGCGCACGCAGCGCGGGCAGAUCAAGCAGUACGGCCGCAAGGCGCGCUCGCGCACGGAGGCCUACCGCUGGCGCGGGCGCAGUGAGCAGCACGUCCUGACGAGCGGUAUGGACGACUACCCGCGCGGGCCACCGCACGCGGGCGAGCUGCAUCUCGAUCUCAUCAGCUGGAUGGCGUUCUUCUCGCGGACAAUGCGGGAGAUCGCGGAGUUCAUCGGGGAGGCGGACGACGCCGCUGCAUUUGAGGAGAUUGAAAAGGCGACGAUCGGGAAUAUUGAUGAUCUGCAUUGGAGCGAGGAGAACCAGAUGUACUGCGAUGUUGGCGUGGACAACGAUGACGAAUCCUACCACGUCUGCCACAGAGGCUACCUUUCCACUUUCCCGAUGUUGCUUGGCCUCCUGUCGCCCGAUUCUCCUCACCUCGGCGCCAUCCUCGAUAUAGUCCGCGACCCGGAGCACCUCUGGUCUCCGUACGGUCUCCGUAGUCUCUCGAUCUCCCACCCCGAGUUCGGCAAGGGCGAGAACUACUGGAAGGGCCCGAUCUGGAUUCAGAUGAACUUCCUCGCUCUUAAGUCACUGUACACAACAUAUGCUGCCCAGGAGGGCCCGUACCAGGCACGCGCACAGGAGAUCUACUCGGAGCUGAGAAGGAAUGUUGUGGACAACGUCUUCAAGGAAUACCAAAGAACUGGCUAUGUGUGGGAGCAAUAUGACCCCAUCACGGGUGAGGGCAUGAGAAGUCAUCCAUUCACCGGCUGGACGUCCCUCGUCGCUUUGAUCCUUGCCGAGAAGUACUAA